CGGUUCGUAAUGCAUGUAUAGAUAUGCCUACAACAUGGGGGUGAUGCUACCUUGAUGUAUUUAUUCAUUUACAGUUUAUCUAGAAAAUAUUUUACUUUUUUAUUCAGGUUUUGAAACUGGAAAUCAAAGUAAUAUGUAUACAUAACAGGCAAUUUUGUCAACGUGAGUUGAAAAUUUUAAACUGGGCAAAACCUGGUUUUCCAUGCCUUGAUUUUGCCCCUAUUACAAAAUACUAUCAAGUUAUGAACUGUAAACCUUAAAAUCUUGUGGUCCACAAUAUGGAUACUUUGAUUCCAAUAAUGUUAUUUGAUUUUGAAUAUAUAUCAUUAAUGUUUUUGCCUUUUCGCACUUAAAAGAGUCCAGUUUUUAUUUUUUAUUUUUUACUAGCGUUCUGAUGGAUACUCGUGCUCCAUUUGUUCGCUUUUUUAAUGUCUACAACAAAGAAAAAUAAAUGAAAAAUGAAUGUAUGUUCAACUUUUUGUUUGAAGUUAUGCUGUUAAUAUGCGUUAUUGGGUGUGUAAUGUUUGAAGUUUGUGAUGAUAAAUUGGAUACUUUAACCUGGUUACAUGAAACUUUAAAUUUCAGUUAGUUGCCGAUAUGUGGUUUGAAGUUUACAUCUUUUUGAAUAGCUCUGCCCCUUUUUUCCUUCUUACUGCCAAAUAGAAAUGGUUAAAAUGAUUGUACUGUAUUGUUUUUUUUCUCAAUCCAAUGUCUCGAUGGUGUAUUUGGCGGUUAAGCCUUUUUUCUGUGUCUUUUUGUUGCAACAGCUGUGGAAUGUGGAUAAUCUUGAGUAAUACCAAGUUAUGUAGUUAAGGUUCUCCUUUUCUAUGUAAUCUAUUUUUGUAUUUUAGUCAGAAAAAUGUGACUUUAAUUGGCUGUAACUAGAGGCUGCACAGACUUUGUAUUUUAAAAGUAACAGCCUUAUUUGUAUGUACGAGUAUAUGCAUAAAAAGAGGAUUGGUUUAUAACUCCCGUGUGAAAUAAAUCCUACUUGAAGUAAAGAAGAUCAGCAGAAUCAUUCUUUAAUUGUUUUUUUUGUAACAUGGCAUAGCCCCAUAACACUUGUUGACAACAUUCUGUCAACUUCCCCUUUACAUUUUUUAUUUUGAAGACCAAUGACUAGUCUCAUAUUGAUGAUGUAGGUUACCUUUUACAACUUUCUAAUUUCAACCUGUGGGAAAUCCAAGAACUCUGAUCAGGCUAUUCAGAUUUUGGAGGAGAUGAAAUCCAUGGAAGUAAAGCCAAAUGUACAAACCUACAUCUGCUUGUUACAUGCUUGUGCAGCACAAGGGCGCAUAGACCGAGUGUAUGCAAUUGUCCGUGAUAUGACUGCAGCUGGUCUGGGAUUAAACAAGUUCUGCUAUGCUGGGCUUAUAGUUGCACACAAGAACAAAACACCUUUUACGGAUGAUUUUGAUGCAAAAGUUACCGAGUUUGUGGAGAGGUCGAAGAUAUGGUCUUCAGUAGAAACCGACAGUGCCAAUGCUGAGAAUGUGAUGGUGGGUGUUACUGAUGAGGAGUUAUAUAACUUACCAACGGCAGAAUAUGUUAAUAGGCGCGGAGGAUUCUUGAACAGGGCAUUUACAGCAUAUCAUACUGCAUUCAAUGCUGCUGCAGACUUCAAGAAUGUUAAGUUGACGGAUACACUUCUUGAAAUGCUGAGCAAGGAGAAGAAAACUCCUGAUAUCUAUAUUGUCACGCAAGUAAUUAGGUGCUAUUGUCAUGCUGGAGAAAUUGACCGUGGUCUUCAAUAUUUUGAGGAAUUUAUAAAUUUAGGAAAGGGUAAUGCUGCCGAACAUUUUGUGACACUUGCCGAGGGGGCAAUGGUUGGGUACACUGAGAAAGGAAUGCAAAUUUCUCAAGAUAUACUAGUAAGAAUGAAUGAAAGAAACUUUUUCAUGAAUGUCAAAAUGGGAAGUGAGCUCCUGCUCAGGGCUUCUGGUGAAAAGACCGGAGGAUAUACUAAUGCUAACUACAUAUGGGACUUGAUGCGAGCCCGUAAUAUCAAACCUACGUUGCCUGCGGUGGAAGCAUACUACCAGGGUUUGAAGGAUCGGCAGAUUCCUCAAGAUGAUCCAAGACUCGUGUUGGUUACUCAAAUGUACGACAGCCUUCGCCCGAGAUUUAGGGGAAGCGUGAAUGUAUAGAGAUUUAUGUUCUUUCCUUUUUUUGUUGUGAAUUCUGUUAGCUGUUGAUAGGUUUUUCUGGUUCAAAAAGAGAAUCCAUUAGUUACCAAGAAAUUUUAAACUUGAUUCAUGUAUGAGUUGAUCUUAGGAAUUCAUUAAUUCACGCAGUCUCAUCAAUCCUGUCUAAGGUGUAUCUCAUUGAAAAUGGUGCACUUGGUUUGAUUUUUAUUGUUUUAAAAUAAAUGAAUGAUAGAGAUUAACUUACCGGAAA